CAUCUCUCACGAUACGUCCAACACAUGUUUCUUGUGAAUUUCUCUAGACGACUCACAUAUUUUAACUUCAGUUGAAUGAGCCAUCUCCUUGUUAUCUUUGGUCCCGCCUCUUGUUUGGUUCACACUGUUGCAUGUACUAAUUAUUAGGAAACACCAAAAAUGAAUGAACUGGUGUACAUAUUUUGUUAUUGCAUCUUGUUUAUGACUCAAGUUAAGGCAAAGGUUCCCGCAAUCUACGUGUUUGGGGAUUCAUUGGCUGACGUAGGAAACAAUGACUACUUGGAGUUCUCAUUUCUGAAAGCUAAUUUUCCACACAAUGGUGUCGAUUAUCCUGGAGGAAAAGCGACGGGUCGCUUCAGCAACGGCAAGAAUUGCGCUGAUUUUCUCGCUGAGAGACUUGGCUUACCAUCUCCUCCCCCUUACCUAUCCAUACCGGCCAACUCGAACAUAACACAGGUGUUCCUCAAAGGUGUCAACUUCGCUUCUGGUGGGGCUGGAGUUUUGGACUCAACACGUGCCGAUCAAUGCCUCAAGUUAACCAAGCAAAUAGACUACUACUCAACAAUGUACACUGAUUUGGUUGAGAAAUUGGGGUUCAUACAAGCCCGAGAUCACAUAUCCAUGUCUAUCUUUGCCUUCAUUAUUGGAAGCAAUGAUAUACUAGAUUAUGUCAAGUCAAGCUCUAGCUAUCAGCUUAAUGUCACUGCUGAGCAGCUUGUUGGUUCGAUGAUUUCUUCACUUGAAGUGCAUUUAAAGAGGAUUUACAACCUUGGUGCUCGUAAAAUUAUCUUUGUGGGCACCGGACCGAUUGGUUGCUGCCCACAACAGAGAGAAAACAGCACUUCUGGUGAAUGCAGUGCCAGAACUAAUAGCAUCUCUGCUCAGUAUGAUAGCGGAGUUGCUUCGCUGCUUCACGAAAUGAAAUCAGAAUUCAAUGAUAUGAACUACUCUUUCUUCAACUCGUCAAGCACUCUUAUGGAAUACAUUGAAAGCCCAGAUGCUCAUGGGUUCACUGACGUUAAGGCUGCGUGUUGCGGAAUUGGCAAUCUCAAUGCUUUGAUUGCUUGUCUUCCAGUUUCUAGAUUGUGUGAAGAUAGAACUAGUUACGUAUUUUGGGAUUUAUAUCAUCCAACAGAGGCUACUGCUCGGUUGCUGACUGAAACUAUGUUCAGCGGUUCACGGCCUUAUGUGUUCCCCAUCAACGUAAAACAGCUGGGCGAUCUCUGAGAUGAGAAUGAACUUUGGAGGGCUUUUGGACGCUCUUGUCGAAGAAACUGUCAAAUUUCUCUGAUACUCAGCAGCACGUCUAAUGUUAAUGUUUCGACAUCAAUUUCAAAAGCAUUUGAGAUAACAAACAUGCUCGAUUAUACUGAAGGUUUGCCUUUUAAAUCUCUAUAGCGAUUAUCAGUUGUAAGGCAAAAUUUUCAAAUUGCUCGAAUAUUGGGUACCUUAAAUACGUUUUGACUAUCGUCAAAUUAAUCUCUAUAAUGAUGAGAAUGAAGAUUGUGGGAGAAACUGUCGAACAUC